AUGAUAUAUGAAAUAAGACACGAGAGGAAAAAGAGUGAGAAUAGCAAUGCAAUAAAGUUCAAAUAGCGGUAGAGUGAGGAAGUCUAAGUGAUUAACUAAAUUAAUUAAUCUGAUAGAUUGAAUUCGAUCCAUUCUCAAUUGAAGCAAUCUAUAAAUAUCUCAGACAGGAGUAGCUAUAUGGGAAUCGAAAAUCGGUUGCUGCCAUAAGAUAGUCUAUCCGAUCAAGAACACCAAUAGAAAAGACACUCUUUAGAAGGAUUUCAAAAUAAAUUCGACAAUGAACAACCUAUUCCCCUGAUUUAAUUGAUCGAACACGAGGCAAGAGAUCGAUGCAAAGUGGACAUAGUGAAGCAAAUGAAAUGUUAGGGCGAUCUGAAUGAAUUUUAAAGAAAAGCUCAAGUUGAACCUGAUAUUUUGGAUGUUGAUUAAGACAUUUUUCGCAAGCAUGAAAAGCAUUCUCAAAGAAAUUACAGAACCGACCCAUAUUAUGUUAAGUUAGUUGAGCUGCACGGACACCAGAGAAUCAAACACGAAUUGGAAGUAGUCCUCUUUAUUUACAUAUAUAUAGCAUUACCAUGAUCAUUACCCUCUGCUACAAGUGCGAAAGAUAAUUGUGUACAUGUCUUUUUUGAUUCCAAUCAUAGCUAAGACCAUAGUAAACUCAAUUGGCUUUCAAAUUUUAAUGACUAUCCUCAUACUCUUCAAUAUUGUCCUCUACAUUAUUGUGAAGACUGAACACAGAGAAGACACCGACCAGAUAGAACAAAUCAUCACAAUCCUCUUUUUCACUGAAAUUGGAUUGAGAAUCCUCUCGCAAGGUUUCCUGUUUUCAAAGAAUGCUUACUUCAUCAACUUUUCUAAUGUUUUUGAUUUUUCCAUCGUCCUCCUAUCAGCCCUAAAUUUGUAUCGUCCUGAUAUAAUGAUAAUAGAUUUAUCACCACUGAGAAUCAUAACUCUCCUUCAGUAUCUUGGAGACAUAUUUGAUGGGUUGAGAGUUAUGCUCACUGCUUUAAGGUAAUCAAUCAAAUACAUUUUGGAGGCCUUGGCCAUUGUGGGACUAUUCUCCCUCUUCUUUGCCUUGGCUGGACUCUAUUUAUUUCAAGGAUUAUUCAAUUAUAGAUGCAUGCCCAUAAACCCAGAUGAAGAUGCAGGAGAUGAUUGGAUUCAAUGCAAUGUUGAUUAAUGUCCUGAUGAAAUGACAUGCUAAUAUGUUGCUAACACUGUGAAGGUUCCCACUUCCUUCAACAACAUAAUUUAUUCUUAUGGAUAAAUCCUCAGGACGAUUACAAUGGAUGAUUGGAGUUGGGUUAUGUUUUUCACAAUCCGCAUUUUUAGUCCUUGGGUUUGGGUUUACUAUCUAUUAAUUAUUUUUGUUGGAGGCUUUUUUGGUUUCAAUUUGGUUAUUGCUGUACUCAAAACACACUAUGCUGAAGCUGCUGAAGAGUUUUUCCAUCAAUAGGAGUAGUAAGAAAUCAAUAAACAGUUAUUAGAAUAACAAAACUAUAAUGAAACUUAAAUCAGAGACACUACUAAUAUUUUUGAUGUUGCUUUGCUUAAAAAAAUUGGAAUUCAUAAAACCUUUUAACAAUACUAUAAAUUACUAAGCUCUUCUAAACAAUUAUCCUCAUACAAGUUAGAGAAUUUCCAAUCCAAAAAUUCCACUUAACCUCGUCUGCUGUCUGCUAAGCAAAGGAACGUUGAUGAUAACAAUGUAAUUUCUUCUUCUUUAUUACUUCUAGAUGAAUUUCAUCCAGUCGUCUUUAUAGAGAUUAAGAGGGCUGACGUUCAAGAACAUACUUCUAAUCAAGUUUUCUAAGCUCAGAAGACAAUAAAGUCUGAUCAAUCUGAAAAACUACACUGAUGACGAAGAUUACCUCAAAAUUCUAGAAGACCUGAUGAAAUUCGAUUUUGCCCAACUCUCAAAAUAACUCAACCCAAACCAAUAUCAGAGGUAUUCCAGUUUGGAAGAUGUAAUGCCUUCCUUUGCGUAUUAUUAUUCUUUUAUUUAGAAACAUAUAAAAUUUGAAGAAACACAUUGAUGACAAAGUUAUCGAUUUCAACAAAUACACAUUCUCCUUUCAAUAUGCAAUACCCCAAUUGAAUUAAUUGCAAGAUCAAUUAUUAAAAUCCAAUAAUACAUAGAACAGUUUCAAAUACCCUCUUAAGAAGUCAUUUAGAGUAUAAAAACACAUAAUCAAAGAAAAUGGUUCUUAAGACUCAGUCACUACAAGAAAGCCAUGUAUAAGAACUGAAAAAAAAAACUAUAAGGGUUUUACAAAACACAUGGUUAAAUCUAAACAUACUGUUUAAUUUGCACUUAAAAAAGGUGAGGUUGUAACCUUUUUAUUCAUACAAGGAUAUUAUUUAAAUUACGAAAAAAUCUUAUUUAAAAUAAAAUAGAAAAUUGAAAAGGAGAAGUUAAAAUAAUAAUGUUUAGAAUAAGAAUAUAAAAACAUUAGAAUUAAAGACAUUAAGGAUAAAAUUAUUUCUGAUUAAAAUUGGUCAGGCAAUGAUGUUAUUGACUCAAACUAUAUAAGUAUCAAUUUUAGAAGUACAUUGAUUGCAAUGAAUAAAGUUGAUCAAGUAAUUUGGGUUAGGGGAAUAAUAGGGAAAAUUUUGAUCCUUAAGAAGUAUGUGAGCAGGAUGGUAUCCAGUAAAAUAACUGAAAUAGCCUUAGACUUACUCAUUUUCAUCAACUUCACUUUUUUAUCGCUCUAUGGAAUAGUCGAUGCUUCAAUAAUUUCCUAAGUUGAAGAUGUAACUACUAUUCUGUUGUCAAUCGAAACUUUUUUAAGAUAUUGCAGUUUUUCUUUUAAAGAAUUGUCCAACAGUAAUGAGAGCAUCAUGCAAACUCUGAUAGUUAUAUUGAAUUUCAUUGAAUUUACAAUGAGUGAUUACAUGCCUAAUCUAACAGAAUAAAACUUAAGAUUGAUAAGGGGAACCAAGUGCAUCUUAUUUUAUCGAUGUUUAAAGUACAAUAGCAUGGCAGUAACAAUAGGUCACAUAGCAUCUAAGACCUUCAAACAAUACAUCUAUUUGACAUUCUUAAUGUUCAUUGUAAUAUUUUUAUACGCCUUGGUUGGGAUGGAAGUAUAUGCAGGCAGAUUUGAUCAAAGCGAUGUACUGGGACAAUUACAUUCUUAUAAUAAUGUGUUAAAAUCAUUUAUGACAGUAUUCAACAUAAUGACAAAUGAUGAUUGGUAUGGUGUAUUUAUAUUGGGAACAGGCAUAAACGAAACAUUUGCAGUAGUAUAUUCAUAUUCAAUGGUGAUAGUCUUGAAUUAUUUGACUUACGGUUUGGUAUUAGCUAUUCUUUUGGAUGGUUUUGGUAAAUAUUUGGAUCGUUAAAUCUUCUCUGAAAUGGAGGAAAACGAGCCUCCAAAAUUGGUUGUCCAGAAUACAGAAUAACAAGAAACUCAAUAAACUCAGCAAUUUUCAGAAAUAAAUAAUAUGAGAUCACUUCAAAAUGUUCCAUUUCAAAAACCCAAUAGUAAAUAAAAGAUUGCUUUAAUUUAACAUUUAAUAAAUUCAAUAAGACAGAUCUAUUAGAAGAUAUAAGACGAGAAUCCAGAACUCUACAAUGGGGUGAAUUGUGAAUAAUCAUUAUUCUGUUUUGAUAAGACAAAUCAUCUCAGAAAAUUAUGUAUGCUAGUUGCCAGAUCCAAGUUAUAUAUCUUAAUCAAUGAUUUAUCCCUUGUAUCCUCAAUCGUUAUUUUUAUCAUUCAAACUUACAACGAUUAUGAGGAGAAUAAAGAAACCUAUCCACAAGUGGCCUAAUUUUACAUCAAUCUUAUUCUGGCUAUUGAUUAUGCUAUUAAUGUAAUCGCUAGAGGAUUAUUCAUUGAUAAUGGAGCCUAUUUUAAUUCUAUUUGGCAGAUUUUAGAUGUGAUCUAUAUAAUUGCCUUCUUUAUUCAAUAUGAAAAGGAUGAUUAUGUCAAACCUAUAUUUUAGAUCUUCUUAUAUGUCGGAUAUUUCAGACCCUUCAAUUUAUUGAAUAGAAUUACUAUCUUGAACGUCCUGAGUUCAGCUCUUUACAAAUCAUUAGUAGACAUUUUGAAUGUAUUGUUGACUCUGUUUUCAGUGUGGAUCAUCUUUGGUGUCUAUGGCAUCAUUUUGUAUGAGAGAUAAUUUGGGUUUUGUGAAGAUAAAAUGGAAUUCCGAGUUAGUUAUUAGGAGUGCAUAGAACAAAAUAGAACUUGGAUAAAUUUCAAACAUAAUUUUGAUAAUAUUACAAUGGCUAUUCCAACAUUAUUUACAGUUUCAACUUUUGAUGGAUGGGGAGAAAUGUUAUAGAUUGCUGAAAAUAGUGAUAACGCUACUGUUGGGCCCAUUCCUUUCAAUAGUUACAUUCACACUUAUGUGUUUUUCAUUUCUUUUUGCUUCGUUGGUUCUAUGUUCUUUUUGAGUUUAUUUACAGGAGUGCUCUUUUCGAAUUUAAAAGUCAAUCAAAGAAAAAUCGAAAAAAAGGACUUCAAUCAAAACUAAAAAGAAUUCAUUGAAAUAUCUGAUAUAAUUACCAAAGACAUCCCAGUAUUCUCUACACCACCAGACAAUGUAAUCAGACGAUUUGCUUCUAUUAUUAUGAAUGAUAAUAUUAUGCAGACAAUCUUCUUUAUUAUUUUACUUCUUGAUUUAGUUAAUAAUAUACUAUUUCACUCAGACAUGAGCACUAAACAUUUGAUUAUCAUCAAUUACAUACACCAUGGCUUUUCUAUAACAAUAACCAUUUGGGGCUUAAUUCAAUAUCUAGCUUUAGGAUUGUUUAGAUUUUUUGAUAACUAUUGGAGGUAGUUUCUAUUUAUCUUAAUAAUAUUUGCUAUCACAGAUCUGGUAAUUGAUUUUGAAUUCUCAUGGGUAGAGAUUUACUUCAACUCAAGUCCUUUAACAUCCUAUUAUAGACUCUAUAGAAUUUGCUUUAUGCUCAGAAGUUUGCGAUUAAUUCUAAUCUUCUAAGGCUUAAUCAACAUCUAGAGAUUAAUGAGAGUGAUGGUUUAUGCCCUACCAUUUUUGGGAAAGAUAUUCUUUAUUUUGAUUGACACAAUGCUGGUGUUUGCCUUGUUUGGAUGCCAAUUAUAUGGCUAAAUAGACUCAGGAUAAGUAAUGGAUGAAUAAAUCAAUUUUCACAACAUUGCAUAGGCUAUGCUUACUUUAUUUAAAUGUGCUUCAGGAGAUGAUUGGAGAACUAUUAUGACUGAUACGAUGCAUCACAAUCCUAACUGUACCAAUGAUUCCACUUAUUGUGGAUCAACCUAUAGCCAGAUCUAUUUCUUUCUGUUUAUGUUGCUAUCUAAUUACGUGUUUCUUAAUUUAUUUGUGUUAGGCUUAAUAGAAUAGUUUGAAUCCUUUUUUUAAGUGCAGAAUUCAAUUAUCUAAACAUACGUUGAAAAUGAGGAUAGAAUAAAAACAAUUUGGUGUAAGUACUCGCCUGAAACACAAGGGAAGGCUAUGCACUAUAAAUUUUUAUGUAGAUUUCUUAUGGACUUAGGAGCACCCUUAGGGCGAGGCAAAGAAGAGAACCUUUGGGAUGCUGCCAAACAGGCCUCUGCUUUUAAAUUGAAAUGGUAUUUCUCAUCCUUAUUUUAGUGAUCAUCGAGGGUAUAUUUAAUAUAAUCAAUUAAUUUACGAAUUAUUUAGAACUUGUUUUUAGGAGGAUGUUUUUAAAACUGGAAGCAAGAAUGGCAUCAAAUAAAUAAAACAAUAUAACAAAGAAAUGCAAAUGAAGUUGAUGAAUUAUAGAAGAAAUCUGUUUAUCAAGCGAGCGAAUAUAUGCUUAGUUGAUUUGAGAACUAACUUCAAUAUUUUACACGAUUAUCUAAAUGUCCUGAUUGCAUUCAAGGCUUGGGAGUCUCAUUCAAAAAAACUAAUUAAAAGAGUGAACUUUAAGAAUAGAGAGUACACAGAAAAUAUGGACUCUUCAAAAGAGGAAAAGAAUGAUGAUGAGUAAACCAUUUAUCAAUUAAUUUAGGUUGCAAUAGAGUGAGAAUUCUAUAUUAAAUAAUAUAAACUAGCUUAGAGGGUCCAUUUAGAUCAGUGACACAGAUAGAUUUUAACCUAUGAUCACUGAUGAAAAUUAAACCAAGCAUCUACUUACUAGUCUGAGUUAAGAAUCUAUGUAGGCUCCUUAAUUACCCUGCUAUAAUCACUAAUUGCCAUAAUAUUCUAAGAAUCUAUUUAUAUACUAGCCAAAAAGAAGCUGA